AUGAGCGCCGCUCUCGGGAUGUGGCUGUACUACUUCUUGGCUAAUGAGUCUCCAAAACACCCCUCCGCCAACGACUUCCUCGCCGCCCGCCCCAUCGUCUCCCGCAUCAUCUGCGUCUCCUCCAUGACCCUCGGCCUCUGCAUCGCCUCCUUCCCCGACCACAACGCCGAGUGGGCCGCCUGGUCCAACAACAUGCGCAUCAUCUUCAGCUACAUCCUGCCCAAGGACUCGGACACCACGCGCUUCAGCACCUCCUCGGCCUGCAGUUCAUCGCCGUCGGGCUCCACUGCAGCCCCUACCUCCGCGACCUGCUCAGCAACCGCUGGGCGAGACCGUGCCCACCUUUUUCCCAAGCCCUCCGGUCUACGCCUCAUCGUGUGCACCAUCAUCUGGCUGCCCCUCAACUACGUGGCCGCGUACGGCUGGAUGACGUACGUUGAUCCUUGGUGCGCGCGCGUGACGGAGAAGCUCGUCAGCUACAUCAAGACGGAAGAGGAGGCUAUUAUUGCUGUGGAACGGAAAUAG